AACUUUAACUAUAAAAACCGUGGUAUAUUUAUAAUCAUUAAUAAUAAACAUUUUGAUUCAAGUACCGGUCAGGAUACUAGAGAAGGUACUGAGUUAGAUGCUGAAAGAUUAGAAGAAAGGUUCCAGGAUUUAGGAUUUGAAGUACGGCGAUAUGAUGAUGUUAAAAGAACAAAGAUGACAGGUCUCAUGUAUGAUAUUGCUUCACAGGAUCAUUCUAAUAAUGAUUGUUUUGGUUGUGCUAUACUAAGUCAUGGUAAAGAUGGUAAAAUCUAUGCUACUGAUGGUAUUUUACCAUUAGAAUUAAUGGUAUUACCCAUAAAAGGUGAUAGAUGCCCAUCAUUAAUUGGCAAACCAAAAUUAUUUUUUAUUCAGGCAUGUCGAGGUAUUAAUUUAGAUUAUGGAGUAGAUAUGUCUGAUGCUAGUACUACAUCAUCUAAAGAUGAAGAUUAUACAGAUGCUGCCUCACAGACUGUCUGUAUACGUAAAAUACCUUCCGAAGCCGAUUUUCUCUUUUCAUAUUCCACUGUGCCUGGUUAUUAUUCAUGGAGGAAUAACCAAGAAGGUUCCUGGUUUAUACAAGCCUUGUGUAUUGUAUUAGAAAAUUAUGGUUUUAAAAUGGAACUAUUACAUAUGUUAACUCAUGUCAAUAGAAUUGUGGCUUAUGAGUUUGAAUCGUGUACAGAUAAAGAGUUUUCUGAUAGAACUAAACAAAUGCCUAGUGUAGUGUCCAUGUUAACUAGAUAUGUGUAUUUUCGACCUAAAAAACAGGAUAUAAGGUGA